UCACAUUUGGAGCUACGAUGCUGAUCACUUGGGGCGCAUUUAUCCAAGCAUUUCUAAUAUUGUUGGUGAGAGCCAACCGGUGGAACCUGAGAGACCCAGCUCCAUGCGAACUCAACAAAAAGCAAAGUGACCUGAACUCGUUCCUGUGGACCAUUAAACGCGAUCCGCCUUCCUACUUUUACGGAACCAUCCAUGUCCCCUACACCAGAGUUUGGGACUUCAUUCCGGAGAACUCUAAAAAAGCCUUCCAGGAGAGCAACAUUGUGUACUUUGAGCUGGAUCUGACCGACCCCUACACCAUCUCGGCGCUGACCAGCUGCCAGCUGCUGCCGCAGGGGGAAAACCUGCAGGAUGUGCUCCCGCGAGACAUUUACCGCCGGCUGAAGCGCCACCUGGAGUACGUCAAGCUCAUGAUGCCCUCCUGGAUGACCCCGGACCAGCGGGGGAAGGGCCUCUACGCGGACUACCUCUUCAACGCCAUCGCGGGCAACUGGGAGCGGAAGAGGCCGGUGUGGGUGAUGCUGAUGGUGAACUCACUCACCGAGGCCGACAUCAAGACCCGGGGCGUCCCCGUGCUGGACCUGUACCUGGCCCAGGAGGCUGAGAGAAUGAGGAAGAGCACGGGAGCCGUGGAGAAGGUGGAGGAGCAGUGCCACCCCCUGAAUGGGCUGAACUUCUCCCAGGUUAUUUUCGCCCUUAACCAGACCCUCCUACAGCAGGAGAGCUUGCGUGCAGGCAGCCUGCAGGUGCCCUAUACCACGGAGGACCUCAUCAGGCACUACAACUGCGGAGACCUCAACUCCAUCAUCUUCAACCACGAUACCUCGCAGGUUCCCAACUUCAACAAUGUCACCCUCCCCCCCAGCGAGCAGAUCACCGCCCAGGAGAUCGACAGCUACUUCAGGCAGGAGCUCAUCUACAAGCGCAAUGAAAGGAUGGGCCGGAGGGUGAAGGCUCUGCUGGAGGAAAACCCAGACAAGAGCUUCUUCUUUGCCUUCGGAGCCGGUCACUUCCUGGGCAACAACACGGUGAUUGAUGUGCUACGCAGUCACGGGUACCAAGUGGAGCACACCCCGGCAGGGAAGCCCAUUAGCAGUGGCAGGCCGAAAUCCCCCACCUUCCCGCUGCACAGGACUUACUCUCCUGGUCAGGACCUGGAGCCCUUCCUGCACGAGCACCAACAGCGCCCCCUGGAGGAGGAGCUGCUGCCGCACAUUCUGCUGCCCGACAGCCUGGACCUGCUGGAGAAGGCGGACCGCAGGCUGAAGAAGAAGAGGCGCAAUAAGCAGCGUAAACAGCGCAUGAGGCAGUUCAACGACCUGUGGGUCCGCAUGGAGGACAGCACGACGGCACAACCGCCACCCCCGCCUCUCGUCCGCAUCCUAAACGGUUACAUCACAGUCCAGCCCCAUGACCGAGGUCACGGAAGGUCCAAUCACGUCCAGACUUCUUCAGACUCGACGUCAAUCCCCGCCUUGUCUGUAACCUACUUACUCUUGACAGUUUGUGCACAGGUAGUGACAUUUCACCUCUGCUAGUUCACAGGCUUGGGUUUCAAACAUACCUCAUCAGGAUCUGGAAGGACUUAUUUCUAAUAGUAAGGUCAUGGGAUAUAAACACUACAAAGAACACAAGGAGUUUUUCUCUCAGCAAAUUCACAAUGUGUUUCCUCAAAACAUUAUUUAUUCUUCCCUUCUAGAAGAAUCUGUUCUGUAUCCCUUUAUACUGUGGGAAUUGUAUAUACCUAUGUAUAAUAGAUGUAAUCUAGAAAUAUGAAAAUGAAAUGGUUAAAUGGUUUUUGCUCAUUCAAAAAGAAUCUGCUUUUUUGUGGAUAAAUCAGGUACUAACCAUCAUUGUGAUUAUUUUAUGGAGGUGAAAAGUAUCCUGUCUACUUGUCUAUUUUUCUUAUUCAGAGUUGUUAAUAUGUUUUGACAUAGAAGUUAUUCAUUUAAUUUAUUUUUAUUAACUAUACACCCUUAGAUAAUCUGAAUGUUUUUGUGUUUUUCAAUUUGAUAUGGAAAGUUGUUUGUGAAGUUUCCUUGUAUACACCAUUUACUUAAAUAUAAAAUGUAGUGACACAUCCACUCAAUCAGUUUUGAACUCUGCAGGUCCAUUUUAUUUCAGUUUUAGGGAACAAGGAUAACUUUUGUUGUUUUGAAAAAAAUGCAGCUAUAUUUAUCUGGCUACUGUAUAAUCCAAGUACAUUGGGCUGAACAUUCAUUUUCAGAGAAAAUGUAUGCAUAAAACACAGAUUUAUGAAAUGUUUGUGCACUUGAGUUCAUCCCAAACAUUACAUUUGAACUCUACACAGAAAUACUACAGGUAUGGGUAUGUACAGUAGACAAAAAUCUAGUCCAAGGAAUCCUUUGUCAUGUAAAAUAUUGGUUUAAACAUUUAGAAAAGAUGUCUGGUCAGGAACGAGAGGAAGCAGCAGCAGGUAAUCUUAAGGUUUAUAUAAUCAUAUA